ACCCCAUGCUCAAACCCCUCCCCUGCGCCGGGGCGAGCGAAGGGCGGCAGCGCACGGCUCCGGCCGGCAUCGUCGGUGUCACCGUCACCAGCGUCGGUGUCGUCGGCGUCGUCCGGGGGCUCCCGUCGUGCCUGGUGCCUCGCGGCGAGGCCGCAGCGUGCCGGGCGGCAGCAUGGCAUGUGCGUGGGCGCUGCUCGGUGGCGCGCUGCUGGUGGUGCUCGCAGGUGCCGAGCCGUGCGGCCACGGCCAGUUCCGGUGCGGGGACGGCGCCUGCAUCUCCGCCAAGUGGGUGUGCGACGGCAGCGCCGAGUGCCGGGACGGCUCCGACGAGACGCCCGCGACCUGCCGCUCCCUGCCCUGCGCCCCGUCCGAGUUCAGCUGCGGCGGCCGCCUGAGCCGCUGCGUCCCCGCGUCCUGGCGCUGCAACGGGCACGAGGACUGCGAGAACGGCUCCGACGAGCGGGACUGCCCCCCCCGGUCCUGCGCCCCCGACCAGCUGCGCUGCGGCGACGGGGGCUGCGUGGCGCUCGCCUUCGCCUGCGACGGGGAGCGGGACUGCGAGGACGGGGCGGACGAGGCCGGGUGCCCCCCGGCCGCCACCUGCGACCCCCACGACUUCGCCUGCAACGACUCGAGCUGCGUGGCCGCCUUAUGGCGCUGCGACGGCGACGCCGACUGCCCCGACGGCUCCGACGAGUGGCCCUCGGUGUGCGGCCCCCAGCCCCCCGCCGCCACCUGCCCCCCGCUGCAGGUGCCCUGCGGCAGCGGCGAGUGCAUCCACCGGCGCUGGCGCUGCGACGGCAGCCCCGACUGUCGCGACGGCUCCGACGAGGACGGCUGCGCCCCCGCUGCCACGUGCCGUCCCGACCAGUUCCAGUGCGGCGACGGGCGCUGCGUGCCGGGCACGAGGCAGUGCGACGGCGAGCACGACUGCGCCGACGGCUCCGACGAGGACGGCUGCCACAACGUGACCGCCUGCGAUGGCCCCCACCAGUUCAAGUGCCGCUCGGGCGAGUGCAUCCCCCUGCAGCGCGUCUGCGACCAGCACCGCGACUGCCGGGACUGGUCAGAUGAACCCAUCAAGGAGUGCGGCGUCAACGAGUGCCUGGACGGCGGCGGGGGCUGCUCCCACGUCUGCAGGGACCUGCGGGUGGGCUACGAGUGCCUCUGCCCCGACGGCUUCCGCCUGGGCCCCGACGGGAAGCGCUGCGAAGACAUCGACGAGUGCCAGGACCCGCAGACGUGCGGGCAGCGCUGCCGCAACCUGCCGGGCAGCUACAAGUGCGAGUGCGAGCAGGGCUACCGCAUGGAGCCCACCGGGAACGCCUGCCGCGCCGUGGCCCCCGCGGCCGCGCUGCUCUUCACCACGCGCCACGAGGUGCGGCGCCUGGCCCUGGACCGCAGCAACUACACGCAGCUGCUGGGGCGCCUCAAGCACGCCGUGGCGCUGGACGUGGACGUCGCCACCGACACCAUCUACUGGUCCGACCUCUCCCAGCGCAAGAUCUACCGGGCCCCGGCAGCCGGGCUGGCCGACGGCAGCGCCCCCGCCACCGUGAUCGGGGCCGGGCUGCGGGCGCCCGACGGGCUGGCGCUGGACUGGGUGCACCGCAACCUCUACUGGACCGACUCGCAGCUGGGCGCCGUGGCCGUGGCCGACAGCAGCGGCGCGCGCCGCAGGACCCUGGUGCGGGAGCCGGGCGCCAAGCCCCGCGCCAUCGCGGUGGACCCGCUGCACGGUUUCAUGUACUGGACCGACUGGGGCAGCACGGCCAAGAUCGCCAAGAGCGGCCUCAACGGCGCCGACCACUACGCGCUGGUGACGGAGGGCAUCGAGUGGCCCAACGGGAUCGCGCUGGACCUCCCCUCGCAGCGCCUCUACUGGGUGGACUCGCGGCUCCACGCGCUCUCCAGCGUCGACGUGGACGGGGGCCAGCGCCGCACGGUGCUGGUGGACCCCCAGGCGCUCGCCCACCCCUUCGCCGUCACCGUCUUCGAGGACGCGGUGUUCUGGACCGACGUCCUCAACGAGGCCAUCUUCAGCGCCAACCGCCUGACGGGCGCCGACGUGCGCCGCGUGGCCGAGGGGCUCUUCUCGCCCGAGGACCUGGUCCUGCAGCAUGCCCUCAAGCAGCCCCCAGGUGAGAACUGGUGCGCGCGGGACAACGGGGGCUGCGGGUACCUCUGCCUGCCCGCGCCCCACAUCAGCCCCCACAGCCCCCGCUACACCUGCGCCUGCGCCGACGGCCAGAGCCUGGCGCCCGAUGGCCGCAGCUGCCUGACAGACCCUUCAGCCCCGGCCCCGACAGCUGCAGCCCCCGGCCCCACCACGGCCCCGCCGCGGCCCCCAGUGCUCAGCGGGGCCCCCCCAGGCCCCAGCACCGCCGGGAACGGCACCGCCAGGAACGGUACCACUGGGAACGGCACCACAGCUCUCAGCGGUGACACCGUGGGGAGCGUGGGGCCAAGGACGGGACCCACGGCGCUGGCGGUCGUCCUGCCCCUGGUGCUCCUCAUCCUCGCGGCCUUCGGCGCCCGCCUGCUGUGGAGGACGUGGCGGCUGCGCAGCACCAACAGCAUCAACUUCGACAACCCGGUGUACCAGAAGACCACCGAGGACGAGGAGCCCCCCGGGCGCGGGCAGGGCGGCUACAGCUACCCCGCGCGCCAGGCCGUCAGCCUGGAGGACGACGCGGCCUGAGGGCGCUGGGGAACGGCCGGAUCCUGCCCACGGCGAGGUCGGCGGCGUGGGGAGGGGGCCCCGCGGCCCCCCCAAGCCCCCAGCACCCCCCGACACCGGGGUGGCGGCGAGCGGAGACCCAGCACGGCCCGGCCCAGCCCGGCCCAGCACGGCCCAGUACGGCCCAGUACGGCCCAGUACGGCCCAGCGCAUCCCGGCACGGCCGCCUCGCUCACGUGCCCCCUGGGAACCGGAGCCCGGCGCCGGCGCCCCCGCGCCCACACUGGUUUUGUGCCUAAACUGUGAGAAAUCCACCCAAAACGUGGCCUUCCUCCGUGGGGGGGCCCUGCCCCACGGGGACCCCCCCCAGCUC